UGGAUUUUAUUUUUUAUUAUGCAAGCCCUAAUUUUGGUUGAACACAUGCAUAAAUUCCCUGCAUAUACAAACAGAAGAAGAGAGAAAAGGUGCCCCAAGGGAGAACGGCUUCCAUUGAUUUCGACCAAGAGAGUGAGGAGAGGUACCGUUGUCUGUAAUCGUUCCCUUUUCCUCAUCAUAUUAUAGAACUAGAAACCUGUUUGAUUCGUUAGGUAGUUGAAUUUGUCUAGUUUUGAUUUCAAGCUUCGGUUUUUUUAGUAUAUUGUUCAAAGUAAAUUUAUUGAGACUAAAAUGGAGGAUUCCGAUACCCGUAAAGUCCGAAACAUAUGCAUAUUGGCUCAUGUCGAUCACGGCAAGACCACGCUCGCCGACCACCUGAUCGCAUCUUCCGGCGGUGGCUUACUCCACCCUAAGCUCGCCGGGCGUCUCCGUUUUAUGGACUACCUCGAUGAGGAGCAGCGGCGCGCCAUUACCAUGAAGAGCUCCUCAAUAGCUCUCCGGUAUAAGGAGUGCUCCAUUAACCUUAUUGACUCCCCUGGCCACAUGGAUUUCUGUAGCGAGGUCUCUACAGCGGCGCGAUUGAGUGAUGGAGCAUUGGUUUUGGUUGAUGCCGUCGAAGGUGUUCAUAUCCAAACCCAUGCGGUUUUGCGCCAAGCUUGGAUUGAGAAGCUAACCCCGUGUUUGGUGCUUAACAAGAUUGAUAGAUUAAUUAGUGAGCUUAUGUUGAGUCCCAUGGAGGCGUAUACGAGGUUGUUGAGGAUUGUUCAUGAAGUCAAUAGUAUUAUGAGUGCGUAUAAGUCGGAGAAGUAUUUAUCAGAAGUUGAUUCCAUACUUGCUGGGCCUUCUAGUGAAUUUGGAGAUGAGAGUCAUGAGUUUGUGGAGGACGAUGAGGAAGAAACUUUUCAACCCCAGAAGGGAAACGUGGCAUUUGUGUGUGCGUUGGAUGGAUGGGGUUUUACUAUACAUGAUUUUGCCCAGUUCUAUGCUUCCAAGCUAGGGGCAAGUGCAGCUGCAUUGCAAAAGGCGCUAUGGGGCCCUCGGUAUUUCAAUCCGAAGAGUAAGAUGAUUGUGGGGAAGAAGGGAAUUGGUGGAGGAAGUAAAGCUCGCCCUAUGUUUGUUCAGUUUGUACUUGAGCCGCUUUGGCAAGUUUACCAGACGGCUUUGGAAACUGAUGGGGACAAAAUGAUGCUUGAGAAAGUAAUUAAGUCCUUUAAUCUGUCUGUACCACCUCGGGAGCUUCAAAACAAGGAUCCCAAAGUUGUACUUCAAGCGGUAAUGAGCCGUUGGCUUCCUCUGUCUGAAGCAGUGUUAUCAAUGGUAGUCAAGUGUAUGCCUGACCCUAUUGCAGCACAGACAUUUCGAAUUCCACGUUUACUCCCCAAAAGGGAGGUUUUUGUUGAUGAAGUUGAUUCUAAUGUGCUUGCUGAGGCUGAGCUUGUGAGAGCCUCGGUCGAAGCUUGUGAUUUAAGUCUGAAAGCUCCUUGUGUUGCUUUCGUAUCCAAAAUGUUUGCUGUUCCGAAGAAAAUGCUUCCUCAAAGGGGUUCCCAAGAUGAAGUCAUAAAUAAUUUUAUUGAUGAAAGCGAAGAUGAUGACUCGGGUGAAUGCUUUCUUGCAUUUGCAAGGAUCUUUAGUGGGGUUCUUUAUUCAGGACAGAAGAUUUUUGUACUUUCAGCUCUAUAUGAUCCAUUAAAAGGAGAGUCAAUGCAAAAUCAUGUACAGGAGGCUGAGUUGCAAUCUCUGUACCUAAUGAUGGGUCAAGGUUUAACCUCUGUUCCCUUUGCUCGUGCAGGGAAUGUUGUGGCAAUAAGAGGUCUUGGCCAAUAUAUUCUUAAAAGUGCAACUCUUUCUUCCACAAAGAACUGUUGGCCAUUCUCAAGCAUGGCGUUUCAAGUUGCUCCAACCCUUAGAGUUGCUAUUGAACCAUCUGAUCCUGCAGAUAUAACUGCAUUAAUGAAAGGUUUAAAGCUUCUAAACAGAGCAGACCCGUUUGUAGAGGUCACAGUUUCCUCAAGGGGAGAGCAUGUUCUGUCUGCUGCAGGGGAAGUUCAUCUUGAGAGAUGCAUAAUGGAUCUGAAGGAGAGGUUUGCUAGAGUAAGCUUGGAAGUCUCACCGCCUCUUGUUUUCUAUAAAGAAACUAUUGAGGGAUAUGUGUCUACUACUCUUGAGAAUUUAAAAUUCUUAGUUGGCAGCUCAGAUUAUGUUGAGAAGACCACACCAAAUGGAAGGUGUGUUGUUCGGGUGCAAGUCAUAAAGCUACCACCUUCUCUAACUAAGGUUCUUGACGAAAGUUCUGAUUUACUUGGAGAUAUUAUUGGAGGUAAGACUGGACUUACAAAUAAAAGAUCGCAAACACAGAUAUCUAGUCUUACGGAGACUGAAACUCCAAUAGAAACCUUAAGGAAACGCAUAAUGGAUGCUGUGGAGAGUGAUAUUUUGUCUAAGAGAGAGAAUGAUACGGACCGGGCAGAAAAACUACAAAGGAAAUGGUUGAAGCUUCUGAAGAGAAUCUGGUCACUUGGGCCUCGGCAGAUUGGUCCUAACAUUCUCUUUACUCCAGAUUUUGAAGAAAAGGAUACUGACUGCUCUAUACUCAUUCGUGGUUCUUCCCAUGUAUCCGAGAAACUAGGAUUUGUAGAUGAUUUUGUUCACAGUGACAUAGUAAACAAGACAUCUUCAGAAUCAACUCAAGCACUGUAUUUUGAAGCAGAGCGUCUUGAGAGUAGCAUAGUGUCUGGUUUUCAACUAGCUACAGCAGCUGGCCCCUUAUGUGACGAACCUAUGUGGGGUUUGGCAUUCAUUGUUGAAGCUUUUAUUUCUCCAUUGACAGCACAUCCUGAUGAAUCUGAAACCUUGCAACUGCAGUCUGAUCAAUAUGGUAUCUUCAGUGGUCAGGUUAUGACAGCUGUCAAAGAUGCUUGUAGAGCAGCUGUGUUACAAAAGAAACCACGGCUUGUGGAAGCAAUGUACUUUUGUGAGCUAAGCACAUCUACAGAAUAUCUGGGUCCUAUGUAUGCUGUCCUUUCACGGAGGAGGGCAAGGGUAUUGAAAGAAGAAAUGCAGGAAGGUUCUCCAUUGUUCACGGUGCACGCAUAUGUUCCUGUAUCUGAAAGCUUUGGUUUUGCGGAUGAGCUUAGGAGGUGGACUUCUGGAGCUGCAAGUGCUCUCCUAGUACUUAGCCACUGGGAAGCACUUCCUGAGGAUCCUUUCUUUGUUCCCAAAACAGAAGAGGAAAUUGAAGAGUUUGGUGAUGGUUCUAGUGUGCUUCCUAACACUGCAAGAAAGCUCAUCGACAAUGUAAGAAGACGGAAGGGCCUUCCAGUUGAGGAAAAAGUAGUACAACAUGCAACAAAGCAGAGGACCCUGGCUCGUAAAGUGUAGAUGUUCUUUUUCUUGUGUAGAGGAUAUCUUCUCAGAUUAUUGAGUCCAAGCUUAACCAGAUUCAGGCACAAUAUAAUAUGCGUAGACAAAGAGACUUGGAUGAGUGAAUGCAACGGUAAUUAUGCCUACAGAUGAAAGAAAUGGUACCUAGGCUUUUGACAGAGAACAUAGAUUCAGUUAACUUAUUCCUUUCCUGCAUUUGCUUGAGAUGGUUGAGGAAGAAAGACAUUGGGAGCGAUUGAGUUUCUCUUAUAAAAUAUUUGGUUAUGAGGUGCAUGAACUGAGAUUGCAUAUCGUUUGCUCAGAUAUAAAGUGCUACCAAGAGCCGCAGUAUUUUAAGAAGAAAUACUCAAUUGAUAUUAACUCUGUUCAUGGCUGCUGCUAGAAUAACUUGGUGAAUGACAGUGCUAAAUUUGCUUCCAAUCUGUGGUAUUUGUGAGUUUAAGUUGAGUCUGAUAAUCCUGAAUUCGAAGCGGUUGAAUAGGAGGUGGAUUGAAGAAAUUCAGCAUGUUUACUUCUUAUUAUAGCCCUAUUCAAAUGGCUCUUGUUGGUUUCAAAAGGCAAAUGAUGAGGCAGCUUGCUACGUAGGGAACUAAUCUGCUUGCUGUUGAAUUAAUUUUACCUAAUUUGUUUAUUUGGAUGUAUUAAUUGCUGCUAUUCGAGUUGUAUCAACAUUUUUGGUUCGUAUCAAGUUUCUAGAUUAGUGAAAGCCACCUUUUCUGGUUAAGAGCAAUAAUCAUUUACUAUUAUGGUUUGCUCGUCUUUAUUUAUUUUUGGUUCAUAAUAGCAACCAUCAUUUACUAUUA